CCUAGACUAGCUGUUCUCCAUUCAUAGAACACACACUAAGCUGGUUCGAUGAUAUGUAUAUAUAAGUUUUGUCAGUGGACGGGAAAAGGGGGUGUGGUUCGUAGCUUCAGAAGAAUUAUCUAGUUGGCUAGGCUAACGUUAGCUUCUUGCCUCAGAGCGAUCCCAUUUGCCGGCGGACCACUGGCAACACACUGAUAACUGGUUAAUCCUGUCCAGCAUUGAUUGUAACUACUUAAUGUGCUCGAGAGAGUCUGAAGGACACCUGUUCAAUGGCUGCCUCUGGCUCCACCUCACCCCCCAUUACUGUGCCUUAUGGUUUCCAUUAUGAGACCAAGUACGUUGUACUCAAUUACCUUGGACUCCUGCCCACCAGAUCACAUGGAUCCACUGCAGCUCAAGGAGAUGUCCAGAUGUCUGGGGACGAACAGAGUGAGAGAGAGAAGAACAGAGCGAUGAAGGGCCAGAUAGAGGACGAGCUGAGACAACUGGAGGACGAGAUUGCCGCCUCCUUCUCCAGCACCGGCUUCGACCGCCUCUCUUCGCCCGUGUUCUGUCCUCUCAACCCGGAGGGCUCCAUCGAGGACUGCCUGGCGGCGCUGGGGGACCGCGUGGCCAAGGACCUGGGCUCACGCCUGGCCACCGCCGUGCACACGCUCCUCAGCAGCUCCCUGGACUACCAGAGCUUCAGAGAAACAACACUGGCUGUUUCUAUACACACACAGGGAGGAUGGGAUGAGGUGCUGGUGCCCCUAGUAAUGCUCCAGGCCCUGCAGAGCGAGGGCACGGCCCUGGCCUCUCUGCUGACAAUGGGGGUUCGCUAUCUGGAGGAGGCUGAGGCCGACUACAUCAUUCAGCAAGGGGGAUGGGCCACCGUGUUUACCCUGGCGGAAGAAGAGGAGCCAGGCGUGACCAUCGCCGGGGACAGCAACGACAUCUACAUCCUGUCCGGAGAGCAGCACUCGGACCAGCUCAGCACACCGCCCUCCCUGUUCUGCGCCGAAGACAACGGCAGCGGGCCCAGCUCCUGGCAGACGGAGAGCCUACCUGCGUCCCUGGCCGGACACGAGUCCUGGGCCCACAUCGCCAUGACGGACCCCGAGGACGCCAAGAGCCUGGACAGCAACGAGGGCGCGGCCCUGGCCGAGGAGCGCAGCGACAACAACUCCUCCAACUCUGACAUAGUGCACGUGGAGCGGGAGGAGGCCGAGCUGCUGGAGGAGGCGGGAGGAGCCGCCGAGGAGCCGGGGCUGCAGGAGAGCAUGAUGAGCGUCCUGGGGACGGAGAGCGAUCUGGCCGAGCUGAGGGCCCAGUUCAGGGAGCAGAGCCCUCCUCCUCCGGGGUCGUUCCUGGUGGAGUCCACCAGCGCCUCGGUGACCCUGGGGGAGCCGGUGCUCCUUGAGGCGCCAGAGAUCUUGUUGACGGGGCCCUCUCUGGCCUCCUCCGAACCAGAGCCACGGCACCAGGACCACGACGCUGCUGAAACUGUCGCUCCCCAUGUCGGGUCCGAACCCACACCUUUGGCUGUUAUUGCGAUAGAGCCAGACCCUGAGCCAGAGGUGCAGCAUGCUGCUGACCUAGCUCUUGGGGAAUUGGCAGCCCCGUCUCCAACAAUGGAGACCUCCACCCCGGCUUCCAUGGAGCCUCAGCCCUCCCCAGAGCCAGCUCCAGAGGCAGAGCGAGAUGAAGUCCCUCUCCAGGCGGAGGAACCGCAGGCCGGGGUGCAGAUUGUGGAGGAUCCUGAGAGUGUGGUCCCCAAAGCUGCACCUUUAACCCCAGCGGUACCUGAAGCCCCUGUGGAGGCCCGGCCCAUAAAGCCUGUGGAGCAGCUUGAGCCGGAGCCCGACUCAGAGUUCCCAGUGCUGCUGUUCGGGGGUGCGGUGGUGGCUCUAGCAGCGGUAGCAGCCUAUGGCGCCCUGGCCUACAGGAGGAAGUAGAACAGAGCAGCCAUUUCUUUAUCUCUCCGCCCUCAGGGAAGGACCAGUUUAAGGUGGAUGCAAUGUUCCAGGACAUCAAGCUAGAAAUAAAGUUUGAUGCCCUUCUUCCAACAAGUUGAUUUGGUUGUCAUAAGAUUAGGCUGUUUUUGGUUUUGUUUUUCUUCGUCUGUGAUGCUUUUGAAUGUUUAAAAUCUGGUACAGAGAAUUCACUUCCUCAGAGACCCUGGGUUUAUGUCCUUCCCAAUAUCCUACUGUGUACACAGAGGUUAGUGAUAACCUGUACCUCCUUCCCUUGUCUUUGUAUUUUUUUUCCUAUUCAAUUAUUGAACACCUGUUUGGUUGUGUGUCUCCAUCGAUUGGAACUAAAACUGGAAGUUGUUCGGAUUUAUGUUUUCGAACUAUUAUGCGUCUCUGGAUUUCUUGGAGGGAUUGCUGUUCGGUGUCAGAUAUUUUAUCAAGCUUCCGCUGUUCACCAUAUGGAUACACAACUUGGCUUCCUUAAGAUUUAUCAGCAAAUCUUGAUUCCUCUGAAAGACAUAAAAAUACUUGGCCAACUUAUUAUUAUUUUUUCAAUCAUGCUAUUUUUUUUCCUCAAUUGUUGUAUCUGGUAUAUUUUAGAAAAAAACUGGCCAGCUUAGAGAUUGCAUCACGUGACAUCUAAGGUUAAAUAUUACUGAAAUAGUGAAUUCUGGUGAAUAAGACCCAAUUCAUAAUACCUAAUACGAUUUGAUUUAGACUUAUGUUGUAUCCACUGCCAUGCCAGCAUAAAGAUAAGCAGGUUCUUGGUCUUGAAAAGCACUGCAUAAAUGUGUAUAGCAGAAUAUGUUCACUUCCCGUCUUCUGAGUAUCAUUCAAAAGUUAGAUUUCCUUUCCUCAAACACGUCCGAUUAGCGUCUUUGUGCCAGUGAGGACCCAUUUCCGAUAAUUGCCUUUCUAGUGGCAACCCGUAACGUGCCUACCUGCUACCUUGUACUGUGACCAACCCGAUUCAUUCUCCUGUCUUUGAAUAUACGUUAUUGACCCAAAUGCAACAAAAUAAUUGUUCUCCAUAAGUGUAAAAAACUUAGGGUUUCAUAUACACCUGGCGUUAAGUACCAAACUUUGAUAAAAAAUAUGCAAUUUUGUCAAAUUACACUGCAAUAUUGCUAAUUUGGCCGGAAAACAUUCCUGUCUGAGUUAUAACUGUUUGGCAUACCCUAACUCACUGCACAAUUGUUAUUCACAGAUUGUCUGUUCAAUUACUUGGUAAGACAAUCCAAAAGUUAUUUUAAACAACUAAGUGAAGUUAUCAAAGAAUCAAGUCCCAUGAGUGAGGAGUAUUUCUUAGCAUCUUGAUGAAGAGACAAUGCUGUUGACAAAGGUCAACCUACGAUUCCUGAAUGGGUCAAAUGCUGUACAGUGGAAAUAAAGGAAUACAAUUCAAAGAAAUGAUUUUGUUUU